AUGGUCCAGUGCUCGGGGGAAUCCCCGUUGGUUGGACGGUCACCUGUGUGGAUGCAGCCCAUGGAGCUGGUGGUUGGACAGUGGAGCUCCGCCCUCCCGGCUCUCAGCUUCAUUCAUCCUCUCAUCACCUCACACCCUCAGACCCUCCUCAUUCUUCACAGACUCACUUGUGCAGGUGCCUCCGUCCUCAGCAUGUCGGCCACCAGCACCGAGACCAGCACUGUCCCGCUGCCCACUGCGGGGAGCCGGGUUUUUUUCCAGGCUGCUCCCGGGGUGGGCUGUGUGAGCUCCGGGCCCAUCACCACAGAUGACCCCGUGCAGAAGAGGCAAGGAAAAGUGACCGUCAAGUACGACAGGAAAGAGCUGCGGAAGAGACUGGUGCUGGAGGAGUGGAUCAUCGAACAGCUCAGUGACUUGUACGACUGUGAGGGGGAGGGGUGCUACAUGUGGGGGAAUGAGAGACCGGAGACUGGUGCAGGGAGAAAUGUGUUUGGUGGCUCCACACAGUAUGCCCGCAGCAGCAGAACCAGCCUGACCGAAGCAGGGGGGAGGGGAGGCAGCAGAAAGAAGGGCACUGGGUUAAGGAUGUGCUGA